AUGGCAUCUAGCAAGGAUCCGGGCAGCGAGGAUCAAACUCUAGCGGACCUGCCAAACGACACGAAGGUUUCGCCGCAGUUCAGCGAGAAGGCAGUUGCACCGAAAGAGCACUGUAACGCUUGCGGAGUCGUGCUCGGGAAGAGGCACCUGAACCCGAAGCAUCAGUGCCGCCUCUGUGGAGCCACGGUUUGCGCCACCUGCUCUCCAAACAGCCUGAAAUUGGAAGAGGGCAGUGCUGCCCAGCGGGUGUGCAACCCCUGUGUUGAGAUUGUGCCGCAGCAGCCGGACCUUCUGAGACGUCUGGAUGCCUUAGCGCGGUACCUGGAGACUCACGUCGGAAGGCCCUCGGAGGGCGACUUCCUUGAAGCCUCGGCAAGUGUUGUCGCGGCCUUGGGGCGCUGUGAGGGCCUCCAGCGGGCCCUCGGGGAGGAGAGGAUGCGGCUCAUGGCCAAGCUCGAGGAGGUGACCGAGACCUGUGCUUCGCGUGCGCGCUUGGCGCGCGUGGGGCGAGAGGAGGCACCCAGCCCCAGCCGUCCGCAGUCACCCUCAGACUACCUGGGCGCACCGUCUCAGAGUACCUUUUUCUCUGCGCACAGCCGCGAAGCGCCAGAACGUAGCAAGUGCUGCGUCGACCGAAGCCAGUGCACACUUCAAUGA